AAAAAAAAAAAGGAUGCUUUUUGCGUGGGCACCCCAGGCCAGAGGGAGGAGUUUCGCUCCGGAAGACUGAGAGAGGCUCGAGUAGGACCUGCGUAAAGGAAGAGCGGGCUGUAACCAGCCGCACCGCUCCCACGUCGUUCUCGUUUUUUCCAUUUGUUUCUUCCCGGGCCGAGUUCCUCUUUCUCCUGUUCUCCCAGAGCCGUUGCUGCGCGUCCCGCCCCUUCCUCGCUUUCGGUCCCGCCUCCGACUCCCCGGAGAGGCCGCCCAGCGCCCGCCUGUUUGCCUAGGCUGCUGCCGCUGCCUCCACCACCGCCGCCGCCUGCCAGCUCGCUCGCUCGCUCUCUUUUCCCCCCCAGCCCCUCGCGCUUGCUCCCUGCCUGCUGCCGCCUCGCCGGUCGCGCGGACGGGCUGCAACUCGCGACCUUCUCCUGCCCUGCUCUCUCCCCCGUCCCUCGCGAGCAGCAGCCGGAGCAGCCCUGCAAAAACUAGCAAGCCGCGCCGUCAAAACGCGGGACCUGAAGCCCAAGAAGACACACUUCUUGCAAGCCCGGCCGUCGGGGCUUGAGAAGGGGAGACGGCCAAGGCCGUUCGGCAGCGGAGCUCCUGAGAUUUUUAAAAGUGUCUUGACUACAAAGCUGGAAGGUGGAUUAUUUUUCCCAAAAACACAAAGACCAUGUGUGCUUACCUGUAGAAAUGGUUUGCGGCUUAGUCAAGCUGGAGUUGACUAAAUGAAACUAUGGGCUGUGCAUCAGCCAAGCAUGUUUCUGCUGUACAAAAUGAAGAGGAAGCUCAGAAGGGGAAAAGCUACCAGAAUGGAGAUGUAUUUGGUGAUGAGUAUAGGAUCAAACCUGUGGAGGAAGUCAAAUACAUGAAAAAUGGGGGAGAAGAUGAUCAGAAAGUAGCUGCCAGAAACCAAGAAAACUUGGAAAAAAGUGCCAGUUCACAUGUAAAACUUAAGGCUAAUAAAGAGCUUCCAGGAUUAGUACAUCAACCUAGAGCAAACAUGCACAUUUCUGAAAGCCAACAAGAAUUCUUCCGAAUGCUGGAUGAGAAAAUUGAAAAGGGUCGUGAUUACUGUUCAGAAGAAGAGGAUAUCACAUAGUGCCAGUUCUGCCAAUCGAAACAGGAAUGCUCCUGUGUAAAUAGAUUACGGUUCAAUCCAGAUCUUUUGUGGGAGUCUUCUCAAGUGAACAGCACUACAUAACAAACAGUUAUUUCCACAUUGUAUGCUCCAUUCAGUUACAGUGUUUUCUUAAUGACCAUACAAUGAGCAUGGUUCAAAGGAAGAAGAACAGCUUUGAUGGAACUGCCUUUGCUGAUUGAAACCUGUUGCAAGUUUUCAUUUCCUUGUGCCCAGGAACACCACAAGACGUUUGACUCAAACAUCUAAAAGACACUGUAGCUUUCACUUGGGCUAUUGGCCUGUUUUCUAUUGGCUGAGGUGGCGUUGUACAAAAUCUUCCAUAACCAAGCAGCUGAAUCUUCCAGUUCACUCUACUCAUCAGCCCCAGGGGCAUGGAGUUCUUGUUAUACUGACAGUUUAGAGCUUUGGAAAAAUGGGAUGCUUUACCAUGAUGAACUUUGUUUUCUGCUAGGAAGAAGUUAACAAUUAAAAAGCAUGUUGUCAUAACAGAUACUGAAUAUGGUGAUGCAGGAGCAGAAAUCUGUUUGUUUUUUUUAAAGCCGCCAGUUUCUUUUAUUAACUAUUUCAAUCAAGGAAUAUACUUGCAGUAUUGGCUUUGCUGACCGCAGAUGGAAAUUAUGAUCACAAUCAGUUUGAAUCCCUCUCCCUUUCUCUCUCUCACACAAUCUCUUUUUUUUAAAGAAAUAAACAUUUUACUGUUUUUAGGUAUUCUUGUCUUAUACCCAUUCAUACAUCCCAGUGUGUUAAGAAUAAUUGGGAAAAGGGAGUUGGUAAAGGAGACCUUUAGAAAGAUGAUUUGAAAGGAUAUUAUUUUCAAAUGCUGUGUGCCAAUUUGAGAUGUCUGUAGAGUUUAUUUUUCCAUAAUAUAAAAAGUUGAUACUCUCUCCUCUCAAAGGCAGAUGUAAUAUUUUUAACAAAUAUUGUCAUGAGUAAAAAUGAUCCUAAGGU